AUGGAUAAUUCAGAGGCGCAGCUGUUUGAGGAUGAAUUCCCGCUUGUCCGAAGCUGUCCUCAAUUGAACGAACUUCGUAGUGCACAUGAGUUAACCGACCUCGUCAUUCAGGCAAGUCACUUCCUCUCAAUACAGAGUUUCAACGCUCACAGUUGAAGGAUGACAAGUUUCUGCAUGUGCACCGGCUUAUCUUAGCCUCUAGAGUCCCUUCCUUGCGUGCGACGAUGGCGAAGACGGCUUCAGAUCUUCACUGGCCAACGGUCUCCAUUGAGUUUCACUGUUUCCUUUCCUAAUGGAUCUUUCUGAGGUCUGCAUCGUCACUCAUAGACUACCUGUACACAGGUCGGAUUGAAAUCAGUAAUGCCAAUGCGAUGAACAUGAUUUUGUUGUCGAAACAGUUGUCACUUCCCUGUGUGGAAAAUUGGGCUGUCGAUUUUUUGUCUGUCAGGUAACUUGUCAUGUUUAUCUGUAUAUUGUUCAAUGCCGAAGACUUCAGAAUGAUAACCUUUCGGAAUCAUGGAAUUUCGCGACAGCCGUGAAUUGUGAGGGUCUUCGAGACGCUUGUGUGCACCACAUGAAAGCAUUUUUCGAGGCAGUUGUUGCUAGUGACCCUCUCCUUGAACUUCCUGCAGACGUGCUACUCUCCGUACUGCAAGACGAUGACUUGCAAGUAAGCAGUGAGAAGACGGUUUUCGAGGCAAUUAAAAGAUGGGUCUGUCCCUCCGGCACCGUUGAUGAGGAAAGGAUAGCUCAUGCUCCAGAGAUGCUGAGGGAAGUUCGAUGGAGUCAAACGAAGCAGCAUUUCAGGAGACGUUUAAUGGAGAGUGACGAUCUCAUCGUCAGUAGCGCAGACUGCAUGUAUGCAAAAGAUCGUUUGUUAUUCUUCCUCAAUUGGCAGGCAGUGUGUAGGUCUUGCAGAUCACUGGAUAGGAUAUUCGACGUUAGGAACGCAGGAGGAAUGCCCCUUCAACGCUAGCCCUCGACCGGCAAGUCUUGCGACGUCUAUUAUCGUCUUUGGGGAGUCGGCAGCUGAGAACCGGGGUUUGAUUUGCCAGUGCGAUUUGGAGGAAAACACUCGCGAGGAACUCAACACCGUAGAAGGUCUUGUGAGCGCAAAGUUUGUGUCCUUUGGGGAUGAGUUCUUAUUCCUAUUUAUCUGUCGCGCAACUCUAAGUUGAGGCUGUUUGACAUGAGCUGGAAAUCACUUCUACCAUAUGGAUUCAUAGGUUGGUUAUUUUGCAGUCUUGUACUGCUGCUAGGGCAUGUCAUUUGGCAUAUUUAUACUUUUUUAUAUGCAUUUUUCUGCAUCAUAGACUUAGCGUGCUAUAGAGCAGCAUUGUGGAACGUUAUUGUGACCUGUAGUGUUCUUUCGUGCCGCUAUGUGCUUCGGGUGAUGGAGACAACUCUUCCCCAUUUCCAACCGAAUUUCAUCAUUCGCUACAUUGUGUUCAGAUGUUUUUCGUGUAGCGUAAAACGAUGGUAGGAACUGACUAACUCUUGGGCAAUAAUAAUUUAUGUCAGAUUUAUUAUAAUCCUAACAUCUAGAUGUUCUUGGUACAAAUGUGUACAAGAUUAAGAUGAUCGUCAUCUCUAGCAUCGAAUGGGAUUUAAUUCCUUUUUAUUCGCCUCUUUUCUCCGCGACAGAGAGCAUCUUUGUAAUUGGAGGCAGGGUCAGCGGACAAGUUUCCACAUCGCUCCGAGUCGACGAAUUCCGUACGAGGGAACGCCAGUGGCGAAGGCGGCCUGACCUACAGAUUCGUCGCGAAUAUCACGCCGCAACGGUUGUGGCAGUCGGCGAACACGAGGAGGACGCGCUGGUGUUUGUUUGCGGGGGAAGCUACAGCCUGGACGAUUCCGCGAGCGUGGAAUUUCUCCGUUCAUGUGAAUUGUUUGAUCUGCGCAAUAACAGGCAAAUAAUUUCAUUCGUAUAAUUCAGCAUAUGUAAAGACUCGGUCGAAGGCGAAAAUGCAAUAUUGACGUUUAAAUAAACGGGUUACUGGAACGUUGUCAGUAACCUAUAUAUUUACACUAUAUUUUAAGUGUUAAACUGCAACCGGAGUACCCUCACUUGUGGAGGAUAAUGUCAAGUUAACGAUAAGUAGUCGUCCGCAUUAAUGGUAGCUAUGUGCAGGCAUCGGUUUGGCGCGGCGUUUUUUCCAAUAGGGAAUUCAGUUCGAUCAAGGUCCGUUUCAUCAGUGAGAAGAUGCGAAAAAUGGCUUAGGUAUAUGACCUCGUCAUUAUUAACGAUUAUGUCCUCAUUGUUUUCCCCUUUCAACACUGCGACCUCCUUGUUCUGCAACCUGCUGUUGAUGUAUCUGAAGACUACUUUUGGCUUAUCAACGGUCCGUCCCAUAAUCCGUGUUUUAUACUCCUUCCGCGACCUACGGAUAUCUGACCUUAUCUCGUUCCUCUUUUAGCGAAAUUGUUUGUAAUGCAAAGGUUGUUUUGUUGCUGCACAAAUUCCCCAAGGUUCGUUCUCGCAGUUCAUCUCUUUCUUUAAAUCUCGCGUUAACCAGACAGGGCGACUAGUCUUUUGAACUCUUUGUCGAACAGUCCCGUUGCAUGACCCCGCAUAUAACACCUUUAACUAUGUUUCAAUCGGCAUCCGGAUGUCCUGUAAGAGCGUCAUGCCAGUUUAGUAUCGAUAAUUCACUUCUCAUGGCAGAAAAAUUUCCCCACCAGGAAUUCAACCGAACAUCAGUGGUCUCUAUUCGUUGGUUAUAUAAGCAGCAUUCCCAAAACAGCAUAACAUGGUCAUUCUUACCAAGCGUUGCUAUGGACCUAAGUUCGACAGCACUAAUAGGGUUUUUUAAGGACGACAUCUAGAUGAUUUGCCCUUUGAUCCUCUUUGGCUGUGGUGGGAAACGGGCAUUCUGUACGAGAAGCAAACAGAUUUCCAGUUCUGAGAGUCUGGAAUUAAAGGAUUUACGCGAACCGUCUACUGAUCAAUUGUCCCAGUCGAUCAUUGGUGCCUCGUAAUCACUGGCUAUCAGUGCGUCUUGGUUUUGAGCCACUUCUUUAGUCAAUUCAAACGUUGCCUCACCAACCUCUGGAGUUUGAUUGGGCGGCUUGUAUACAGUUCGGUGUCUGACGAACCUUUAGCUUUAACCGCAUUGCUUUACAGUCACGGGAGCAAGCAAUUGUGUGUUUCAAUGUUAUGAUUCCUCUAAUGUAGAUUGCUAGUUCCUUUUUUAUGCAGCCGGUCCUGGCGAAAAGUUCACAUUCACCGAGAACAAUUUCGGCAUCCAAUACUUCAGCCUUUAACCAAGUCACUCUUAUGGAAAUGACAUCCGGCCGCUUAUCUGAUACCCGUGCCUUUAGGGACAAACUCUGUGCACUUUUAUAAGGAAGAGGGAGUUCUGCUAGAAUAGAUUUUCAAAUUAUGUUUGGAUCAAGUUUGCCGAAUAUUUCAUGUGGCUUAUCUCGUCUAUGGUCUAUAGUCCAUUUCAAGUCUACUGUUGUUUGAUCAAACUGGACGUCGUUUCAUCGAUCGUCAAUGUUAUUGACUGUCUUCGCAAGUCGCCAUGUCUGCUCUCAGCUUGCUGUGGAGCACGCGGUGGACAUAUUCGGUUACUGCGGUCGAACUGUCAUCUGCGGACGUCCGAACAUUUACGAUUUCUCCGUUCAAUAUUCUUAGAUUCUUCUCUCCUGAGAUGGAUCUUCUGAGGAGUUCGGCUUUGAGUUUCCUCCAUUUUUCGCGCCCGGCUGUUUUUUAUCUGACCAAAAUACCAAAAGCAUAUGUCAUUUCUCACCAUUUAGUCUCUUAAGGAAGCUUAGAUCGGUCUAUGGCAUCAGGAACCAAGAGUCCGUGAGGUGGAAUGUUGACUGCUAAGACUGUCACUCACUCUGGCGCCUGAAAUUUGGACGGUACAGCAAGGCAGAGCCACAAGGUAUGCAUCAAUACCAAUAGUCGUAGUAUGGGACGGUCGUUAAUUCCACUGAAUCUUGUUUUGUUUUAUACAGUUUUCGACUUUUGAUAAAGUCGUACUGUUGUCAAAUUUCUCUUGCAUGUGCGUAACUUCGCUGAUUGGGUAAGGUCUAUGACCUAUUCAACAUUGAUUCUGUAGAAUCAUGAAUGAUUGUAUGUAUGUUGAAACCCAUGAUCUGCAAGCCGAAAUUCGUAUUGGGAGCACUUUGUGGCCAAUUCAGUCUAAGAAUUUUCCCACUCACCUUGGUGACGGAAUAUCGUGCGACUUUCCGUUCAUGAAGAAACGUUUUUGCAUGCAACAAAUUAGAGAUGCCAGGCGUGUGUGUUGAUCGGCGAGAACCUUAAAACAGUCGGUGUCAACGUCUGCCAAGUUUUAGUCAAACUGCACUUUAAUGUGUAUACGCCAGUUAAUGUUGUACGAACCGAGACCUAAUAACUCGAUUCUCCUGACCUAAGGUGUGGCUUUUGUAACCCGCCCAUCUAUUUGACACUAGAAGACGGGUUGCCCAUUAGCUUAAUUGCUGGCUACCCGUUGCGUCAGCAGGUGGCGGACAGUGGGACGGCCUUCAGUGAAGGUUAGCUGCGAACCAAGCAGACCCAGGUCUGACGAAUAAGCAGUCGCGAGCCAGGAGUGACAAUUCUACCAGGGUGCGGAGGUCUGAGGUCUGGCGCGCUGAAAGCCUUAUAAAAAGGUCACAAAGCCCGAUGACGGCACUGUGACAUGGCGAACGUGAGCCGCCAGAAAAUAAGUUUGCUUGCCACUGCUGCCUUGUUGUUAGGCUCUUGGGCCAAAGCGCUAGAGGAGACAACCUCGAACAAACUGCCCGAGCGGCCGUUGGAGACCCGCCUGUGCUCACCAUUUCCCAGGCAUUUCAUGAAAUAUGUCCGACUACAGUACUACGAUCGGCGCCCGUGGGAACCACCGAGCUUCGCAAUCCUAGUCCGAUGGUGCGGGGGAAUAGUAUGCAAGCUGGACUACUCAAUCUGAAAGGGACUCUUGGUAUUGGAUGCUGAAAUGUGCGGACGUUCUUGGACCCUUGACCGCGUUUAACCUUUAUCAGUAUAACGUGAUUGUCUUCUGCCUGUCUGAAUUCCGACUUUCUGACUCAGACUCUCGGGAGAUAAAGAUCCCGUAAGUCGACCCACACUUUGUACCACGGCAGCCCACGUGACUCUUCUGGUAGACACGGUGUGGCGAUCAGUCUCUCGCCACAAGCGAACCGCAACGACCGUCUUCGCGUCAGAUCGUUUCCCUUGUGCCCGAAUUAGUGACACACCCCUUUCAACAGUUCAUCUUCAUAUUUUCUGAGAGGAAGACGAUGGUCACGGAAAGCUUUUUAUUGUGAACGAGUCCUUUGUAUUUCAGGUCUUACGGGAUAGUAUACCUAAAUGUGAUCCGUGCACGCGUAGAGUAUGAUCAGAUUGGCGCAAUCUGAAGCUGACACUUUUUCGAAAAAAAACUGUUAUGCCUGAAAGAGAACUCUUUAACUUCUGUCAUAACUUAAUCGUCUUUCGAUCAAAUCGAAAAUCAUGGCCAUCUGAUUUAUUAAGGAGCAGUCGACGCUGGAACCGCUAGAGAUGGGAUUCGCGCCAAGGAUGCUGUUUUCGUCUGAGAAGGAAAAUAAGUUCACUAAAACAACCUUGUUUGCUGGUGGACGUUUCAGACAGCAGUACAGACCAACUCGGAAAACUGUGAAGCCCAGUUCGGUUUGCUUGUGGCACAGGCUUUGACGAUGAAUAGUCCACCAAGCUGUUUGAAGUAUUGGCCAACUAACAAAGUUUUUGUUUACCAGACCUGAGUUCGCUGCCUUUUAUUCUUGCUAGAUGGCAUCGACUUCCCGAAAUGCUGGAAAAGAGACGUAAGACGGCAGCCGCCGCGCUGUCUGACGGACGCGUUUUCGUGUUCGGCGGCUAUAACGGCAGAUGCUGUCUUGCCUCCGUCGAAUUCUGCCACCUUCAGGCCGACUGGUCUGAUACUAUUGAGACGGCCAGGACAGAGGACUUUUGGCGACCGCUUGCGCCGAUGAGGACGUCGCGCUACGCUCACGCAGCGGUGGCCUUCAAGGGAAAGAUAAUCGUGGCUGGAGGUUACUCCGUAAACGAUGGCGGCAAUCACAGUAGACAAAGUAUCGUGGAGGUAUUUUCCCCACCGGACGCUGAAUGCCCACUCGGCGAAUGGACUCGGGUUGCCGAUCUGCUGGUAGCCCGGUCCUAUUUUUCUCUACUGGUGUACAAGGAAAGACUUUACGCCUUGGGUUAGCAUUUCCCUUGCUGUCACCUUUCAGUCAAUAAUAUUUUAGUUCUGUUCAGGGAAUCAGGUGUGAAACACGUCUUUAACUUCUCAGUAGGCGUUUGUCUUGCCACUACUCGUUCUAUGUUGGUUCUACAAUUGGGCUAAUUUUUGGUACAACCUCAAGUUCAUUCUCACUUAAACUAACUACACAGUUUGUGUGGCCACUUCGGUAUACGUUUUAGUGUCUUCCCACCUGACUCUCCGCGUCUUUUCGUUCCCAUUAGGAGGCGCGGAAGAUCCCAGAAAUACGAUUGAGAAAUUCGUUCCGGAGGAUCCGCCGGCUACAGCCGACGACCUGUCGUCCUGGUCUUGGGCCGAACUGGAGCCUGUAAACGAUCUGGAUUCUAUCGAUGGAGCGGUGGUUAUUUAA